CUUUCGUCGGAGUUGCUAAAGGGGUGGGGUGAUACAUAAAGAGCACCUCGGCUAACGAUGGACUGACAAUUCCAUGCGACAACGACUCGAGAAUACUUCUAUCGUCUCUUAUCUUAACAUUUUAUUUAAUCAUUCACAAUACAACGCAACCAAUUAAUAGUGUUACUACUACGAGGAUUUACUUAAUAAGCAAACAUGGAUGCCGAGAACUUUAAACAAUUUGCCAGUGGGAUGGUAGAUUAUAUCACGAAUUACAUGGAAAAUAUCAGAGAAAGGAGGGUUUUACCAACGAUUGAACCAGGAUACUUGAAACCGCUUUUACCCUCGGAAGCACCUAGAACUCCAGAAAAAUGGGAGGAUAUUAUGAGUGACGUGGAAAGAGUGAUAAUGCCAGGUGUAACCCAUUGGCAAAGUCCUAAAUUUCACGCUUAUUUCCCCACCGCUCAAUCGUAUCCAGCUAUUGUUGCAGACAUGCUUAGCGGAGCUAUUGCAUGCGUUGGAUUUACUUGGAUGGCAAGUCCAGCUUGUACGGAAUUAGAAGUAAUAAUGCUCGAUUGGUUGGGACAAAUGUUGGAUUUACCGAAAGAAUUUUUAGCUUGUAGCGGUGGCAAAGGAGGUGGUGUUAUUCAGGGAACGGCUAGCGAGGCAACAUUAGUCGCUUUACUUGGUGCCAAAGCUAAGAAAAUUAAGGAAGUUAAAGAACAGCAUCCUGAAUGGACCGAUACCGAAAUCAUUGGGAAACUGGUUGCAUACAGUUCCAGUCAAGCACACAGUUCGGUCGAACGAGCUGGUCUUUUCGCCGGUGUUAAAUUUCGUUUAUUGAAGGUCGAUUCGAAAAGUAAAUUACGCGGUGAUACAUUGGCCGAGGCUAUUCGCGAAGACAGAGAGAAAGGACUCAUUCCAUUUUACGUCGUCAUUACUUUAGGAACAACAAAUUCAUGUGCUUUCGAUCGUUUAGACGAAUUAGGUCCAGUAGCUAAUCGAGAAUCUGUCUGGGCACACGUAGAUGCUGCGUAUGCAGGUUCCGCUUUCAUUUGUCCAGAAUUUCGUUAUUUAAUGAAAGGCAUUGAAACAGCAGACUCGUUUAAUUUUAAUCCUCACAAAUGGAUAUUGGUUAAUUUCGACUGUUCCGCGAUGUGGUUCAAAGAUCCAACAUUCGUCAUUAACGCCUUUAACGUUGAUCCAUUGUACCUGAAAUACGAAAUGCAAGGAUCAGCUCCGGAUUACAGGCAUUGGCAAAUUCCUCUCGGUCGUAGAUUCCGUUCACUUAAAUUAUGGUUCGUUCUGAGAAUUUAUGGGAUAGAAAAUUUGCAAAAACAUAUCAGAACUCACGUUGCUCUGGCUCACGAAUUCGAGGCACUCGUUCUUUCCGAUUCUCGUUUCGAGAUCGUUGCUGAAGUUGUUCUUGGAUUGGUUUGCUUCAGAUUAAAGCAGGGAUCCAAUGAAAUAAACGAGACAUUGCUGAAAAGAAUAAACGGUGCUGGAAAUAUUCAUUUGGUUCCAUCCAAGAUAAAUGACGUAUUUUUCCUUCGUUUGGCAAUAUGUUCGCGAAUAAGUCAAAGCAGCGAUAUACUUUACUCAUGGAAGGAGAUCAAACAGAGGGCCGAUGAAGUAUUGGAAGAAAAUUCGGUUUCCAAGUGAUGGCGCGCUCAAAUAGCUCGUGGUUGCAGAUCGUUAGCACCGGCGACUUGCAAUCAAUCAUAGUUACAAUUAUUAUUCGUAAAACCCACCUUGACAUAUAAAUAAUUAUAUGUGUGUGUUGUUCUCCUUAGAAAAUAUUUUAUCCAAAAUAUCAUUGAAAACUUCAUCUUAGGCUCAUAUUUGUACACAUUUGAUUUUUUUUUUCAAUAUUUAAAGUAUUAUCUUAGCCUUUAAUUAAUCAUUUAAUAUAUUGACUAUUAUUAUUUCUAGUUAAGAAUAUUCAUAUAAUAGUUCGAUCAUUUUUAAACGGAUGAUAAGUUACUCGAAUUGAGUUACGUGAGUUACAUUACAUUUAAUGACGAAGUUGAACAUUUUUUCUAACAGUUCCUAUUAAUAUUUUUCAUUAUGUUUUCGCAUAAUUUAACACAGUUUAUAAACAUAACUGUUUUCACAUAUCAUUAUAAAUUUAAAAAUUACAAUAAUGUGCUAGUUCCUCGUGUAUAUUUCUAGACUUGUAUUUGAUAUAUUAAUUUCGCGAUAUGGUAAUCAUAUAAAUACGUUUUUACCAAAAGUGAAAACUAUUAAAAGGUGUAUUAUAAUUUUAUAUUCUUAACUGUAAUAAUCUACCUUUAAUUUGGUUGCUUAUUUUGUGCCCACCGAAAUAUUCGAUAUAUUGAAUAUAUUAUAAAAUAAUCACAUCGUAUGUAAAUUCUAUGUGUUAGGUAUCGUUCGAAAGGCCGAAAUCUCAACACUUGUUAAAACGUAGCACAGAGAUUAGGAUGAUAGAUGUAGAAAUAAGUUAGAAUUCGUAGAAACCCUAUAAUAAACAAUUUCUUUUUUUUUGCGA